GCAACAGCUACUCAGGGUUCCUUCCUACUUUGCUCACUCCACAUUAGAAGCUUAGUUCACCAGGAACUUCAACACACAUGUGAGAACUGCUCCAGGCCAGGUUCUGCUGUCCAUGCCGGGACUAUAGAAAUCAAGGUCAAGAUAACUGCUCCAAGAAACUCACAGCCUAGUAGGAAAUCAGGUCUGUAUCCACCCACCUACAGAACAGUGCGUGGACUCCCGUGUUAGUGGUUGGAGUGCACAGAGGGGAGUGAAGUGGUCUGGAAGUGGGGGUGGAGAGGAGAAGGCCUUGGGCUGGCCCUGGAAGGACAGAGUUUUCUGGAGCGGAGGGGUGGGGAUUCUGGCUUUACUCCAAAGCAUUUACCAGGCACAAGAGAUGAGCUACUGAAGAUGUGCUUUGCUCAACCAUUCCAAGUUUCUGCCUUCUUUUCCAACGCUGCAGAUGUGAGACACAUUCAUCCCAGCGGGUUCACCAGUCUCAAAUCACCUUGGUUUUCUAAUGCAGUGCUUUUCAGAGAAGGGUGGAGAUGCAGCAGCUUGAGCCAUCUAGGCAAUGAGUAGAAACGCAGCUUCUUGGUCCCUGACCCACAUCUCCCGGAUCUGAAACUCCAGGAAUUUCACUUGAUACAAAUCCCACGAAACUUCUGGACAUUCACGGAGGCUGAGAGGGAUGCAGGCUGCUUUCACACAGCCACGGGGCGGGUGGGUCGCAGGGCCUGCUCCAGGGGGGUGGGCGCCAGUCCCAGGACCCCGACCUCAGCAGCCGCUCGCGGGUAACACGGCCUCCUCAGUCACAGCGGCUGCUGGCCCCGGGCAGCGGCCACUCCCACGCCGGAGGCCUGCUCGGUCAGGUGACAGCGCCCGAGCCUGCUCAGCAGCAGACGCGGAACCAGGGUGCUCGGUGGCACCGGUCCGCCGGCUGCACGCAGGGACAUGGGGUCCGCCGAGCGCCCGCGCCGCUCGCUCCCGCCGCUGCUGCUCCUGCUGCUGCUGUCGCCGCCCUCGCCGUGCCCCGCGCGCCGCGCCGCGCGCUUCGACCCGACCUGGGAGUCCCUGGACGCCCGCCCGCUGCCCGCGUGGUUCGACCAGGCCAAGUUCGGCAUCUUCAUCCACUGGGGCGUGUUCUCCGUGCCCAGCUUCGGGAGCGAGUGGUUCUGGUGGUAUUGGCAAAAGGAAAAGAGGCCAAUGUUUGUGAACUUUAUGAAAGAUAAUUACCCCCCUGAUUUUAAAUAUGAAGAUUUUGGACCACUAUUUACAGCCAAAUUUUUUAAUGCCAACCAGUGGGCAGAUCUCUUUCAGGCCUCCGGUGCCAAAUAUGUUGUUUUAACUUCCAAACAUCAUGAAGGCUUCACCUUGUGGGGUUCAGAGUAUUCGUGGAACUGGAAUGCUGUAGAUGAGGGGCCGAAGAGGGACAUUGUCAGGGAACUUGAAGUGGCCAUUAGGAACAGAACUGACUUGCGUUUUGGACUAUACUAUUCUCUUUUUGAAUGGUUUCAUCCGCUCUUCUUAGAAGAUCAAUCUAGUUCAUUUCAUAAGCAACAAUUUCCAGUUUCUAAGAUGUUGCCUGAGAUCUUUGAGUUAGUGAGCAAGUAUCGGCCUGAGGUCCUAUGGUCAGAUGGAGAUGGAGGGGCGCCAGAUUCCUACUGGAACAGCACUGGCUUCUUAGCCUGGCUGUAUAAUGACAGCCCAGUUCGGGACACAGUGGUCACCAAUGAUCGUUGGGGAGCUGGUAGCAUCUGUAAGCAUGGUGGCUACUAUACCUGCAGUGAUCGUUACAACCCAGGACAUCUUUUGCCACAUAAAUGGGAAAACUGUAUGACAAUAGACAAAUUUUCCUGGGGCUAUAGGAGGAAUGCUAGAAUCAGUGACUAUCUUACAAUUGAAGAAUUGGUGAAGCAACUUGUAGAAACAGUUUCAUGUGGAGGAAAUCUCUUGAUGAAUAUUGGGCCUACACUAGAUGGCACCAUCUCCGCAAUUUUUGAGGAGCGAUUAAGGCAAAUGGGGGCCUGGCUGAAGGUCAAUGGGGAAGCCAUCUACGACAGCCACACCUGGCGAUCCCAGAAUGACACCAUCACCCCAAAUGUGUGGUACACAUCUAAGCCUAAACAAAACUUGGUCUAUGCUAUUUUUCUUGAGUGGCCUACCUCAGGAUUGCUGAUUCUUGGCCAACCCAAUGCUACUCUGGGGGCAACAAAGAUAAAACUACUGGGACAUGGACAACCACUUAACUGGAUUUCUUCGGAGCAAAAGGGCAUUACAGUAGAAUUGCCACAGCUGACAGUUCAUCAGAUGCCCUGUAAAUGGGGCUGGACCCUGGCACUGACGAAUGUGAUCUAAUGUGCAGCAGAGAGGCCUGUGCUGCAGUUACCUCUAAGACUAGGAAACAUAAGCUUUCUAUAAUUUUAUCUGAUGGAGAUAGCAAAUGUAAAAUUGGUAGAGAAAAAUCAAGUAAUUGCUUUGGCAAUUUAGCCCCUUUUCCUUCUGUCUCCCUAAAUUCCUUCCUAAACUACUCAUACAACCAUUUUAACUUUUCAGUGUAUUUUGUCAUUAAAGUCUCUUCACACUGAAUGUGUUUCCAA